AUGAGGCCCACGAGCCUAUCACAGGCGGACGUGCACGAGAACCGACAGGGGUUGAUGCUUCUUCAGUGCCUGGGUUGGGCGGCACAGGGUCUUGCCAUCACGACACUGGAAUUGUCGGCCCUUGCUAUCGUAGUCUGUUCUGUCAUGACGAGCCUCUGUUGGCUCCACAAGCCUAGCGACGUUCGAACUCCAAUCAGACUAGAGCUUCAUGUUAGCAUAGAACAGAUACGUAGGGAAGCCGGCGACCAUGCGAUGGAACCGUACAAGCAGACACCACUGGAUUUCAUCGAGGACCUACUCCCAAGUUGGUCCUUGAAUGUACAGCUUUUCAUGAAGAUGCCUGUCGCACCCUUCGAACGGCCAUUGCCGCGUCUUGGCAACGAUAGACUUCCUGACCUGAAGGGCUAUCAGGAAGUAAUUCUUUGUGUUGCCACCUUGUUUAAUGCCUCGAUUCAUCUCAUCGGCUGGAAUUUCGGGUUCCCCACCAGGGCAGAGCUCAUCCUCUGGCGGGUAUGCAGCAUGUUUCUGUUCGGAAACACGGUUGCAUUUUGGGUCUUCGAAACGUCAGCUGCCUGA